UUACCUUUUUUUUUUCUUAUCCUUUUUUGCGUAGAAUCUAAAGUACCCCUCUUCUCUUUCCUUUUUUUUUUUUUUUUUUUUCUUUUGGUUUCAAUAGCUAUUUCUUUGGUAUAUCCAUUACUUUUCUCUCAUCCCUUUAUGAUCGUUUUUUUUAUGACUUAUUUAAUUCCGAUUCUUCAGAUUCCUUUGUCUCCGCAGAUUCUUAAUCUAUUCCUGCACCUCUCUACACACAAAUACACAAAUGUUGGACAUAUUUAAUGAGAGCGUGAGAGCGUGAGAGACAAAGGAUUGCCAACCUGAAUGUGAAUAAUUUUGCAUGAAAUGGGUUGGUUUACCAAGUUGCUUAAGGGCUCUGAUCAUAAAAUUUUACGAGGACAAUACCAUGGCAAAUAUGGAGAGGACAGAAUUUGGGAUAAUCAUCAUAGUUCAAUGGAUGAUUUGACUGAUAUUGAGAAAGAAGACAUUGACCGUGCAAUUGCACUUUCUCUGUCAGAGGAGGAUCAUAAAGGGAAAAAAGUUGUUGAUUAUGACUCUCAAUCUGAAGAUGAGGAACUUUGUAAAAUUGAUGAUGAUGAGGAGGAUGAACAUCUUGUUAAAGUUCAUCUAGAUGAAGAUGAACGUCUUGCUAAAAUUCAGCAAGAAGAAGAAGAACGUCUUGCUAAAAUUCAACAAGAAGAUGAGCAUCUUGCUAAAAUUCAACAAGAAGAAGAAGAACGUCUUGCUAAAAUUCAACAAGAAGAUGAAUGUCUUGCUAAAAUUCAACAAGAGGAUGAACGUCUUGCUAAAGCUCAACUUGAGGAAGACGAGCAACUUGCUAGGGCAAUUCAAGAAAGCUUGAAAAUUGGUUCUCCUCCUCAAUAUGACAAUGGUUCUUCAAUUCUAUCUUUUCCUCACCUUUUCCCCCCUGGAUACAGAAUCUGUGCUGGAUGCAAGACUGAGAUUGGCCAAGGAAGAUUUUUAAGUUGCAUGGGAGGUGUCUGGCAUCCAGAAUGCUUCUGCUGCCAUGCAUGCCAUCUUCCAAUCACUGAUUAUGAGUUUUCCAUGUCUAGCAAUCGCCCUUACCAUAAAUCAUGCUAUAGGGAGAAGCAUCACCCAAGAUGUGAUGUUUGCAAGAACUUUAUCCCAACUAAUUCAUCUGGCCUCAUUGAGUAUAGAGCUCAUCCUUUCUGGCUACAAAAAUACUGCCCAUCACAUGAGCUUGAUGGCACUUCUCGUUGUUGUAGUUGCGAAAGAAUGGAGCCAAGGGAUACAAAAUAUCUUUUGCUUGAUGAUGGUCGAAAGCUAUGUUUAGAGUGUCUAGACUCAUCAAUUAUGGAUACUCAUGAAUGCCAACCUCUUUACCUUGAAAUACAAGAAUUUUAUGAAGGUUUAAAUAUGAAAUUGGAGCAACAAAUUCCUAUGCUCUUGGUUGAGAGACAAGCGCUGAAUGAGGCUAUGGAGGGAGAAAAGAAUGGUCAUCACCACUUACCCGAAACUAGAGGACUAUGCUUGUCAGAAGAGCAAACUGUCACCACUAUUUCAAGGAGGCCAAGGAUUGCAGCAGGCUACCGAGCCAUAGACAUGAUAACUGAACCUUAUAGGCUGAUCCGUUGUUGUGAAGUGACAGCCAUUCUUGUUUUGUAUGGCCUUCCUAGGUUGUUAACAGGAUCAAUCCUAGCUCAUGAGAUGAUGCAUGCAUGGCUUAGGCUUAAAGGUUAUCCUAACCUCAGUCCAGAAGUUGAAGAAGGAAUCUGCCAAGUUUUGGCUCAUAUGUGGUUAGAAUCAGAGCUCUAUUCUGGAUUUGGGAAUGAUGGUGCAUCAUCCUCAACAUCAUCUUUGUCUUCGUCAUCACCUUCCUCCUCUUCUGUCUCAACAAAGAAGGGUAAACGGUCCGACUUUGAGAAGAAACUUGGUGAUUUUUUUAAACACCAGAUUGAGUCAGAUACCUCCUCAGCUUAUGGAGAUGGAUUCAGAUUGGGUAACCAAGCAAUGGUCAAGUAUGGGCUUAAAAGGACCCUUGACCAUAUCCAUAUGACAGGAAGUUUUCCAUAUUAAAAAUUGAAAAUUUGAAAGAUAUGAUUCUCUGACCUAUACAAUGGCCAUUACCACAGCUUGGUUAAUAAAUUAUAUAGUUCAAAGUUUCCAAGAUCAUAUAGUUUAACAUUAGAGAAAAUAAGGAAUAAAAUUGCUCCUCUUACGUUGCGGUCCCUUAAUUUCGUGUCAAAUGUGGCACCGCAUGCCUUAUAUGUAUAAUUAAAUACUACUCAGGAACUGAAGCAAUGAAAGUAUAGAAUUAAUUUUGUA